AUGGUUUCGUCUGUGGCUCUUUCGCUUACCCCUGAUCCUCCGGACGAAGACGAUAUGGUCUCUCCCGACUCAAAAUCGCCUCCUCCUCUCAUAAGCUCAUCAGCUCCAGCGGCUAUCCCGUCGAUUGAAGCUCCCUUCUUUGCUCAGAGAUUCAAAAACUCACUCAGAAACCUUCGCAAGAUCUCAUCUCCCACUUGUGAGAUAGAUGGGAUUCCGGUGGUUCUCGCUCCAGAUUCGGUGGUUCUUCAAGCCUCUGAGGCCUGGAAAGACCACAUUAUUGCUCAUUUCCAUGGUCGUUGCUCGUCUCCGUCCAAGAUAUACGACGAUUUGAAUCCGGGUUGGGGUAAACAUGGGAACAUUACGGUUCGAACUCUUUCGCAGACGGCGGCUCUAAUCUUUGUUCCUUCUACGGCAUCUCGUGAGUGGGUGCUACAAGUGGGUUACUGGCAAGUUGACAACUGUGCUUUGACGGCCCUGCCUUGGACCCCUGGAGCUUCUUUGGAGUUACAGGACUUGGUUACAGCUCCCACAUGGGCGGUGCUCAAGAACGUUCCUCCGCAGCUGUAUUCCUUGGAUGGAAUUAGUGUGACUGCCAGUGGCAUUGGUGAACCGUUGCAUACUGAAAACUCAAGAGACACUCGAGGAUACUCUGUUCGAGUCAAUGUGGAGUACACUCGCUUGCCUCCUAAAUGUUGUAACUGUGGUAAAUUCGGCCACAUGCUCAAGUACUGCACCCUCCCAAUUCAUAGGAAAAAUUUCAAGCAGCACCAAAGUAUGACUCGUGUAUCUUCUUCUGCGGCUCAGGUUACAGUUGAGAACAAGGACCUUUCUGCACCGGAUUCGGGUUCCAUUGUGGAAUUGGAGAAGGAUUCAAACGAUACCCCAAUUUCUGAUGACCCCUCCUUUCAGGUUCUGCCUCAGGUUGUGGAAGAUGUCGCAUUAGCAAGCUCCUCUAAAAGUGUUGCCGGUGUGGCCUCUCCCCAGAAGAAGCCUUCAGUACUAUACUUAAGUCAUAGAAAGGACAAGAAUAAAAAGCUUCGAGUCCCAAGCGAUCCUGCUCAUGAGCAGGUGGUUGUUGAUACGGCUUCAGAUUCUCACCCUCAGGCACCAGUGGAUGUUCACUCUUUUCAGUCAUUGAAUAAUCAGGCUCUGCCGCCGGACAUUGCUUUGGAAGAGGGUGAAAUCCCCUUCCAACCCUCUCCUGCUGCACUAAAGAAGGCAAGAAGGAUUAAACGUCAGGAAGCGCUCCUAGCAGCAGCCUCUCCUUCUUCAGCUGUCUCCCUCUUGUUCUCAUCUAUCCGAGGAAAGGGUUUUAAUCAAACAGCUCGGCAACGUUUUGUAAAGUCUUGGCUCACGAAUAAUAAGCCGGUCUUCGGGGGUAUCUUAGAGAAUAGAGUCUCAGAGGAGAAUGCACCGUCGAUCAUGGCUUCCACCUUCCCUGGCUGGAGGUGGGAUAAUAAUUACUCUUACUCUGAUCUCGGCAGGAUUUGGAUUAUCUGGGAUCCAGUUGUAUCAGUGGUGGUUUAUAAAAAGACAGCUCAGUUUAUUUUGUGUGGGGUUUUUGAUCCGGCUACUGGAACGUCCUUUUCAGUGGCGGUUGUCUAUAGCUUCAAUACUGAAGCUCAGCAUAGCGAGCUGUGGCAGGACCUGACAACAGUUAAUACCAACUCUCCUCUCUCGUCUAGUGCUUGGCUUUUGUUGGGGGAUUUUAAUCAAAUCCUUUCCUCCGACGAACACUAUUCUAUAGAGGCUUAUGAUCCUCCAGUUAGAGGCAUGGAGGAGUUUCGAACUUUCCUGGAUUCAAAUGAUCUUACUGAUCUCAACUGCAGGGGAACUUUCUACACUUGGAAUAAUUCCAGACCGGAGGAUCCUAUUUUGCGGAAAUUAGACAGAGCAUUAGUCAAUCCAGUUUGGAUUCAUCAGUUCCCGGAAUCUCUGGCGAUCUUCGAUCCUCCAGGCGAUUCCGAUCAUUCACUGUGCCUAGUCUCACUAUCUCCUUCAGAGCACUCUGGCAGAAAGAGCUUUAAGUACUUCUCCUUCGUCUCUACACAUUCUGAAUUUCUGCCCCGGUUGCAAGCCUCUUGGAGUCAAUCUGUCGGUACAGGUUCUAAGCUCUUUCUUUUGGGUCAGCGAUUGAAGCUAGCUAAAGAGUGUUGUCGUAAUCUGAAUAGAGAAGGGUUUGGUAAUAUUCAGCAACGUACUAAGGAUGCCCUAGUAGAUUUGGAAAGGAUUCAGAAUGCACUACUCACUGUUCCGACACCAGACCUGGUAACGGAGGAGUCUCAAGCUCGAGAGGUUUGGUCUUUCUUUGCUUCAGUCUUUCUUUGCUUCAGCGCAAGAGAAUUUUUUCAAGCCUAA